UGUAACUUGUAAAAAAGACAUGGGCAAAAAACAGAGAGGAGGUGGAGUUCCAUUUCUACUGCUGCUGGUGUUACUCUAUAACUUCAAUCUUUGUUUCUCAGAGAUCAUCUUUGAAGAGAAGUUUGAUGAUGGGUGGCAAAGCCGGUGGGUGAGGUCUGAUUGGAAAAGAAGUGAAGGAAAGGCCGGUACGUUUAAGCACACAGCUGGUUCGUGGGCUGCUGAUCCGGAUGACAAAGGUAUUCAGACAGCAACUGAUGCCAGACAUUUUGCCAUUUCUGCAAAGAUCCCAGAGUUCAGCAAUAAAGAUAGAACACUGGUAUUACAGUACUCGAUAAAAUUCGAACAAGAUAUCGAGUGCGGUGGUGGUUAUAUCAAGCUGAUGUCUGGAUAUGUAAACCAAAAGAAGUUUGGUGGUGACACUCCUUACAGUCUGAUGUUUGGACCAGAUUUAUGUGCGAAAGAGACAAAGAAGCUUCACGUUAUCGUGUCAUAUCAGGGGCAAAAUUAUCCUAUCAAGAAGGAUCUGCAGUGUGAAACUGACAAGUUAACCCAUUUCUACACGUUUGUCCUUCGGCCCGAUGCAACUUAUAGCAUUCUUAUAGAUGGCAGGGAAAGAGAUUCUGGAAGCAUGUAUACAGAUUGGGAUAUCCUUCCACCGCGUAAAAUCAAAGAUGUGACUGCCAAAAAGCCUGUAGAUUGGGAGGACAGAGAAUAUAUUGAUGAUCCAGAUCAUGUCAAGCCAGAGGGCUAUGAUUCACUUCCAAGACAAAUUCCUGACCCGAGAGCUAAAAAGCCUGAUACCUGGGACGAAGAUGUGAAGGGCGUAUGGACACCGCCAAAGAUUCCAAAUCCAGCAUACAAAGGGCCGUGGAAAUCAAAGAAAAUUAAAAAUCCAAACUACAAAGGGAAAUGGAGGACCCCUUGGAUUGAUAAUCCAGAAUUUGAAGAUGAUCCUGAUCUUUAUGUGCUCAAGCCUAUUAAAUAUGUGGGCAUUGACGUUUGGCAGGUGAAAGCCGGUUCGGUUUUUGACAACAUUCUGAUCUGUGAUGAUCUAGAGUAUGCAAAAAGUGUGGUGCAAGAAGUUUUCACCCACAGAGAGGUGGAAAAAGAAGUUUUGGAUGAAGCCAUGAGAAAAAAGAAAGAACAGGAGGAAGAGGAACACCGAAGGGCAAGAGAAGAAGGCGAAAGGAGGAAAAGAGAACGAGGCGAUGAUAGAAGGCGCAGGGAUAGAUACCGAAAGCGUUAUUAUGAUGAUUAUCAUGAUGAGCUGUGAGAUGGGGAGAAUUUCACUGAUUGACGUUUCCAUUGUCAUUUUACAUAUAACACUCAAGAUUGUUGUACCUUGUUUCAUCAAUUGUACUGGUGUGUUGGGAUACGAAACCCACGUGAACCUAUGAGGUGCAGCUAAGCUGAAUAUUUUCUUUAUGAAGAAUGAUUGUUGAUACAGAUUUAUGUUGAGUUUCAAACUCAGAUUAGGUUUCUUAUAAUUUCAAUAUGUACUUAGAAUCUUCUUUUACAUCCAGCAAGGAAAGAUUUUACAGCAA